AUAUUAUUAUGCAAAUUAACUCGAUUGAAUCCCUGGCCAACACAUGUAUGUUCUGCUAGCUGCUUCUGUUACAGGUUGCUUGAAACUGAUUACAUCACCCUGCGCACAACGGACGGCGACAGAGAGCAGACUGAGCCAGAUCAAGUGAGCGGCAGAGCUGAGCUAGUAACGUGAAUACUCGGAGCUGAUAUUUAAAAAGAAAAUGGCGGAAUUAAUGGAAAUGGAUUGUUGGAAAGGUGAUUGGGGAUUGCCCUCAAUUGACAGGGAUUGUCUUAAAGUUAUGGCCUAUGCCCAGUUUGCUGGAGCCCCAAUCAAAGUUCACCGUGAUAGAAGACUUUGGAGGAAUAUAUCAGCACAUUAUCCAGUCUUCUAUUCAAAUGGGAUGACACUGAAGACAGCAGACAGUAUUAUAGAGCAUCUAAAACAGAAUGAGUUCAAUGCAGAUUCAGAAUUGAAUGACCAGCAAAGGGCAGAUAUCCUUGCCUACUCUUCACUACUAGAAGAAAAGUUAUUACCUGCAUUGCAAUACACAUGGUGGGUGGAUGCUAAAAACUACACAGAGUUUUCCCGUCCUUGGUUUGCAAAGACUAUCCAUUUUCCUUUCAAUUACUUCAUACCGGGUCAGUUGCAAAGGAUAGCAGAAAGCAGUUUAGAAGCCAAGAGAGGAGGUCUUCAUUUAUUAGAUGGAGAACUUACUCAGAAUGUGAUGAAAGAUGCCAAGUACUGCCUCAACAUGUUGUCUGAAAGACUAGGACAGAAAGAAUUCUUCUUUGGAGAAACUCCUACAUCUUUAGAUGCCCUUGUAUUUAGCUACCUAGCUCCUCUUAUACGAGUUCCAUUUCCCAGCAACACUCUUCAAAUCCACUGUAAGGCUUGUGAUAAUCUGGUUAUGUUUUGCAGUCGUAUCUUGCAACGCUAUUUUCCUCAGGUCCCACAAGGUUCAGAGAAUACAUCUAGAGAGUCUCGAGCCACAACUGAGGAGUCGUUUGAUGAUCCUCAUAAGAGACGUAACCAGAUCCUAUCCGUGCUCUUUGCUGCUACUGCCAUGGUUGGGUAUGCCCUCUUCAGCGGGUUGGUACAGUUUGAGAUCGUGGACGAUGAGGAGAUGGAUGAUCAUGGGAUGAUGGACGAUGAGGAAGAUGAUUAUCAGAGCCAAGAAUAGAUGAGGGAUCACAGUUUCUAGAUCCAGAUGUCAAGGCUGGUCUGUAACCACUUGGUCUAAUUAAUAAUAUUGAUUCCAUUAAUAGUCCAACACCAUUGUCUCUGAUUUCAUCUUAGUCAAAUAACAACAUUUGCUAAUACUCAGUUUGGCUAUCCCCAUUACAUCCAACAUUAAAAAACAAUUUUUGCUAUGACGAAAUGGAACUAGACCAAAUGUAUGGAGCAAGAGGAUUUGGGCUGAAUGAAGAUAGCCCAUAUUGAAAUUAGACAAAGAGGUUAUAAACCAAACAUGCUCAGACUGUUUCCGAGUCUUCCAAAGGUUCGUACUGCUGUGUUGUCUCAAAGGAUAGUGUAAAUCUGUCCAACCUUUCAUCUACUUUUUAGAGAAUAUGGAUUGCGUUAUCAACUUUACCGGUGUUGCAGUAUACUGUCAUCAUAGACAAUUGAAUAUACUGGAAAUAAACUGCAGGAAAAUUUGGGCAUUACAUAGGAAUUUGCGAUGAAUGGCUUAAAAUAUUUGUUAUGAUUCUAUUAACUAUCAAUUCUUAUAGAAUGGAUUUGUGUCAAGCAACAAGUCCUAUUCAGUCUUUACCCAUAAUUUGUUUGUGUUAUUUUCAAUGAAAUCGCAGUGUUACUCUUUUUAUUUAUUUAUUUCUUUAAAAAUAAUAAUUUUAUUGAUAAUAAUCACAUGUCGAAAUAAUUACAAAUGAUAUAAACAUAACUCUGCAGAGAUAUAUAAUUGUUUUGCAGGCUCAAUCUUAUAACUUGUGGAAUGUUUAGCCAUUUUGAAGAGGACCAGCUGAAGAUACCUACCGGUAAACUACUUAUGUUCCCUGGGCCCAACAACACAAAGUUUAACGAGUAUCGCUAAAUGACAUGGCCUAUCAAGAGUAAGACCAUCAUUGCAUGCUCAUUUUGCUGCUAUAGACUGUCUAGGAACCAAUCAGAAUUGUUCUUUUAAAUGAACAUUCAAUGGCAAAACCUUUGUGUAUCAGGGACUUGGAUCCUUUCCUAGGAUAUCAUGUAGUCUUAUACAUGUAUGACCACUAAAAUGAUAAUUAUUUUCUACUUGUAUUCUGUUACAACAUUCACAUCACAAUAUUUGCCAAGGAAUGAAUUGUUUACAUUAUCGUCCCAAGCAAUACCCAUUUUUUUUUAGUCGAUACCAAAAUACUAGAAUGUAUAUUUCCAAAAUAAAAAUUCACAAUAUUUAAAUAUUGAAAAUGGUUUAUGUAUCAAGACUAUCCUAAAGCACAUGGGCCUAUUGCAGGAGAUUCAUCAUGAUUGUAUGUUUGAGCUCAAUGGAGUUAGUCUCCGUUUAAAUGAUGUUUAUAUGGAUGGAUACAUGUUGUCAUCCAUACAAGGGUAAUUUUUUAAUAAAAACUUUCUAUUGUGUCAACUUGGCCACUGUGUAACUUCCAUUGAUUCUUUCGAUUUUUAUUGUGUGCAGAGUCCUCCUACCAUGUUAGAACCAUAAAGACAAUGUUACUCUUCAUAACAGGAAGAUCUAAGUCAAUGGGACUUGGGUAGCCAUAUUACCAAAAAUUGUGGCUAUUCAUUUUACACUGAAUCAGCCUGGAGUAUUUUUAGAAUUAAAAGUACUGUGCAUCCAUUAUCUUGGACAUUUUGGAUAAUGGAUGAAAUUAAAUUGAUACUACAUGUA